CCUGGUUUCCUGAGCCUGGAGCCUGACACAGAUGGAAGCACCAUCAUGCACGUUUCAUCAUAAUAAACAAAAACUGAGGUUCUUCAACAUCGUGGUCAGUCUGGGGUUAUAUGACAUAGAAAGCAUGUACAGAACCUGCCAAUCUGGAUCUCUAAACAUCUCACACUCCAGAGAGACAUCAAAAGCUUCUUCUGUCCGUGGAUCAUUAUUUAAGUCUGUGUGCUGCUUCGUUGUGGGCUGUUUAAACUUCUGACUAUGGAUAAAGAGGAAGCAACGCGCAUCUGCGGCCAAUGCCACAAGGAGGUUGCAGAGGCCAACUUCGCCCUGCAUGAAACCCACUGCAGCCGCUUCCUGUGUGUGUGUCCCGACUGCGAUGAAACCGUUCCCAGAGAGCAACUGACCCAACACAAGGCGGAUCAGCACGCUGUGGUGAGAUGCUCCAAGUGUAACAAGAAGAUGGAACGCCGCUUCCUGUUGGAUCAUGAGUCUGAUGAAUGCAUGGAGCGCCUGCAGAGCUGUCCGUUUUGUGACCUGGAGUUGCCGUGGAAGGAUCUCCAGCAGCACCGUGUGGCUUGUGGAAGUCGUACCGAGCUCUGCAGGGACUGUGGCCGCUACGUCAAACUAAGCGACCAGGCCCAGCACAGCUGGACCUGCUCUGGGGCUGACGGUGACUCAAGUCCUGAUCAAACUGCCCGAGCUUCUCAGAGUAAAAGAAACCUAACAGUCAGCUGUAGCUCAUGUAUGGCUUCAUUUCCAGAGGAUGAGAUAGAUAAACACAAGCUGGGCUGUCAUGCAGCAUCCAUGCAGGACUACGAAGAGGCUCAGGCAGAUGAGGAUGAAGCAGACAACGCUUUGUUUGGGCAGGCGACCAGUUCUCAGCUACGGAACACCUUUAAGGCAACGUCCUUGUUGAACGGACCCCACAGUCCCUGGGGUAAUGGACCCGAUCCAAACCAGAUCAGCACCUGCCCACACUGUCACUUGGCCCUGCCCAUCAUCACACUGCGCUGGCAUCAGGUGAAGUGCCAACGAUACAUUCUCCUGAAAUAGAUGAUGAACCGGUGAGGUGUUACUGUAGCCUGCUUCACAGAUUCUUCUUUAAAUUCAUUAGUAAAACACGCUGUUGAAAUCUAGAUUGCAGUUUGACCAGACCUGCAUUAAUACAACUGUAACAGAUUCAGUCUUUUUCUUCGAAAAGGAACUGCAACUAUUUUAAUUUGGGUUAGCCUUUUGCAGACUAAUGCAAAGCAGAGUAUUUGAGUUUACAUUAGACAUAAUUUAGUGGUUUGUUUCCUACUUAAAGCAAAAACAUCUAUUCCUGCAAAUAGAAAAUAUAUUAUUUAUAAAAUAUUAUAUAUAUAAUAUUUUGAGUCUGAAUUAUCACUGCUAAGACUUUGUCCUAACCACAGCAUGUUUCUUAUAGCUUCUAAAACAAAGAAUGUGUCUAAGCUUUCAAAUUACUUUAUUCAUGCAGGGUUAAACUGAAGCAAGACAUUUUCCUCAUGCUUCAUCAAAUAUAUCACUUCAUCUUCUCAAAACUUUAUUAUUGUAAUGAGUGCAUCACUAAAGUUUUUCCUGAAUUCACUCAUAUUUUCAAAUACAUUUUUUUAUAAUUGAGGUUUUUCCUGUUGAGUCUUAGAAUUUAUGUAUGACAAUAGGUUUCCUGUGCUGGGUACAGAUGACCUCAUCAAUGUAGAGAGAGCUGGCCUUGAGCUCAGAGUUUUCCUGCAGCUCCAACUGGCAGCGAACAAGAGCCCUCUGCUCCUCCUCUGACUGGGCCACGGCCUCACGCAGUCUAAGGAACAUAGAGUGAAUACUGGCUUUGCAUAAACCGGUCUGUGCAUAAACAUUAUAAUACUGGUAAAAUGGCAGGAAGGAUUCUGCUAAACCCUUUAAAUUGCAUCUGUAGCAUUGUGUUGCUUACUUGCUGAUAUGAGUGGUGAGCUGCUGGACCUCGGCGAGCAGCUGUGACCGGGCUCGAUCGUGGCUUUGCUCUUUGGCCGGUCUUUGGCAGCGCAAGUCCAGCCGGGUCUGGGCCAAGCUCAGGAAACUUUCAUUUUCUGUAAUGGCCACUUGGAGAUCCUCACUGAUCUUCUGCUGGCUGGCAUACUCCGACUGAAUCUAGUGGGGAUGGAAGUGUUACAUGAGGGGGACUUGUAUCACAGAAGUUAUAACAUUAGAACUUUUUUAGUUCAUAUUAAUGUCUCAGGCUGAUGUAUAAUAUUAUGUCUUGAGGGUUUGCCUCCUAUCGUUUUUCUCUUCACCUAACACUAUUUGCCCCCACCUUGGCCAGCUGAUCCUCCAUCUGGCUUUUGGCAUUCUUGAUUUCCUGGACAUUCAUCUGAAAAGCUGUUGUUGUGGCCUCAAACUGCUUCUGCAUAUCAACAGCUGUCUUGUCCAGGAUGGACUCCACCAGGGUCCGUAGGGUCAGAGAGUUGGUCUUCUGCUGUUCUGCUUUGGUUAUGUUCUUGAUUGAGAUGUUCUCCCACUGUUCUGGAGUCACUGCCAAACUAAGGAGAGACAUAUAAUAACUGAAAGUGUCUUCAAUACGACGUCCCCAGAAAAAUGGCCUCCUGAACAUACUGUACACUGACAAAUAAUUGAAAUACAAAAGUGUGGUAAUUUACCUAUGUAGAACAGAGCUGCUGUUUUUUAACUUGAGAUGGUUUGAACUGGAGUGGGCGGUCAUAAGGGUGCAGGUGUCGUCGAUGCGUUGCGCCUCAGAUUUCUCCUUGAGAUCCUUCUCCAAAUAGUACUUGGCAGAUCGGUUCAGUCUGUAAUGUACAGUAAAACAGUUUUUUUUGUUGGUGUUUAUAGGCAACCUGUACCAGUAACUGGCUUUGACUGGUUUCAAGACAAUUAACAUUAAAUUAUUUAAAGCUCUCAGGAUACCCUUAAAAGAAAGUUUUAGUCUCUCACCGUAUCUGCUCUGUUAUUUGUUCCACUACAUGUUGCAGAAGGGAAAUCACCCUCUCGAAAAGCUCCCUCUCGUUCAACAACUCCCUGUCCACUGCAUCAUGCAGCCUCUCGGAGGGGAAACGUUUUCCUCUGUUGGCCAAAGACAAACCAAAAAGAGCCUAAUUUACUUGUAUUAGCGCAGCUUUUCUCAACUGAUGUUUCAAAACGAUUUCAGAUAGGGGGAGUAAAAAGUAAGAAAAAGUUUAGAUUAAGUCACAAGUUAGCUUUCAGAACUUCAAGGCAUAAGACAUGUACAGUCUCAGUACACUCUCAUACAUUUGUCCUGUGAUUGUUUUGUCUUUUUUCAUCAUUUUACCACCUCACCUCUCUUCUAGACAGACAGUAGUGAUUCUCAGAGGCUCCUUACAGGCCUCUAGUGCCUUCACGACUCUGCUCUGUAAUGCUGUUAGGACAUCAAUCUCCAAACUAAUCCCCUCUAGCUUCAGCUCCAACUCCUUUGUCAGAAAUUUGAUGUCUCUGAUGUGCUGUUCUGAAAAUCAAUAAAUAAUUGAAUAAAUACCAUUA